UAUUUAUGGUGAAUAUCUCCUUACCGAUCGCAUAUAUAUUUCUUGCAUUUUUUCUUACUUAGUUGCAUGUCCACAAGACGUGACAAAUUCUUGGUCCACACGAAAUGUCCCAUAUUCUCUCGUGGAUCUUGCACAUAUAACAAAUUUACAUGCUUUUCCUUCUUACUGGCGAGACGUAUCGGAACGAUCGUACAUGUUUCUUCUUGCUUCUUUUUAUCUUGAAUGGUAUAUACAUUGAUGGAUAUGUUGUUUAGCUGUUCAAACUUGGUAAUUUGUUUAAUCGUCAUUGGAAAUUCAGUAUCCUGAAGAUUGAAUAUUUUGGUGUAACGUGGGUACGAAGAUUCCCGGUCUCCAUGUCUUUCAGCUGGAUAUAAUGCCGAAGACCAUGCAAAACAUGCAUUGUCUUUAGUUCGUACGUUUAUCACUGCUUUCUUUAAUUUUAUUUUAUAACUGCUCUAAACCCACUGAGCUACCUGCCGCUCCAUAGUCAAGACAUUCUCCUCUCCCCUGAUAUUGUUAAAAGAUUAGAGAUGUCGUUCGGAAGCGACAUCUCUAAUGCUAUCCCGAGUCUAAACCAAAGAUAGCUGUAUCUUAUUUACUUUCCUGUUUUGAAGAAUGUAUCUGCGCAUGCGCUGCAACUCCGAAGAGUAAGAGAGGGGAUGCCCUAUAGUAGCUAUAAUAUUAGGCUUCGGAAAAAAAACUUCUGUCUCUCAGUCGCUCUAUGAACUCGAGAUUCAUCGGUUGUGUGUCUACAUAGUAAAGUUUGGGUGUGUCUACAUAGUAAAAAUGUAUGCUGCCGAUGCUGAAGUGAACGCUAAACACGCAAAUUAUUACAUGCCUGCUCAACAUGAGGACGAGGCUCCACCGAGCAAGAAAAUGUGCGAGAGCGUUCCACGACCUCCUGCUAUGCGUAUCUUAGGACGCCGAUACGCUUUGACUGCAACUGCUUAUAAAUAUUUGAAUAUCGGAAUCAGCGUAGGAGCUGAGCCCGUCAUAGACAUAAUCAUUGAUGAUAAUCGUGGUUAAUAACUGCUACUGCCGAUCAAAACUUGGAAUGCGCUAAUGGGGCAACGUGCUGACAUCCAAAGAUUUCUGCAGGCCAAUUUUUAUAAGUCAUCGUUUCCCCUGAUGCGUAUAGAAGAAUUAACAAUAACGUCAUGUAAGAUGACAACUCACAAAUUGUGAAACUCACAAUUUUUAAUAAUUGCUUAUAUGUAACACCAGAUACGUUAAAUAUAUUAUUUACAUUUGAAAAUUGCAUCAAUCACACGUAUGGAUGGUUAUCAGAAAAUAUCUGUAUAAUUAGUAUAAAAUUCAAAAAUUUUGUAAAUAUUCUUCGUGAAAAGAAGAAUUAUAUUACUAAUAUACAUACUGCAACAAAAACAAUACAAGAAAGCAGCGACUUUGACCGCGAGUCGCUCAUUGAUUUUGAAUUGUUAGCAUGCGCUGUGAAAAAUAUAAUGUAUGAAG